AUUUCCUUUUCUUGACACUUUUCUUACAGUUUCGUACAUACUGCUUCAAAAUCAUUACGACGACUUUGAGACCAUCACGCAAAUGAAUGGCAUGAAGAGGCAAUGCAGCGCAUCGAAGAGCUAGCUGUGUGUCCCAAUUUCGAUCCUCUUGCUUGCCAUAUUAUGGAAGCCUGCAACUGUCAAAAAUUGCCCUGUGCGCUACAACGAAGCUGUCGAUCACUUCGACGCCACCGUUUACGCUAGCGCGUUCUUUCAUAAAUCGACAAUGCAAUCAAUGUACGAGGGAUUUAUUGUGCUGUUUGGCUGGGACCUCAAGUCCUUGUGGCAAACCACGAACCAGCGACAGUGCCAUGCACUUUUCCGGGCAGGUAGAAUUGGAUCAACUGUCGAAACGUACCGAUCCAUCAUGUACAAGAGUGAUGCAACCACGAAGGUCAGGUUACAUGCUUGGUUCGCUCAAAAUAUUCAGUGAUGUCACCCCGUCUAAGAUGAUCUAGCGCACUUCGCACGGCUCUCGAGUGAAUUAAGCGUGCUCUAUGCUUCCAAUGGAGAUGUUGCGAUCGCGGCAAGCAGUUACUCAUGCAGUUUGAAUCACAGAGUUUUCAUUUGUACUCAAGAGUGUUUGUAUUACACAAAUAGCCCGUUUUACUCGUAAUGUAUACUGUCAGCUCACUUGAACAGGACAUGUUCAACGCUUACACCCACCGUUCGAUCAAAGCGCCCCAGUAUAUGCACCUCUGCGAGAUUGAGCUAGAUACCCACAAUCCCCCACCAAGCCCACCUUGACUGUCCUCAGUACCUUCGACCUUCAGAAAACGGCGCAACUCAUUCCAAGCACCAUG